AUGGGCGAGACUCCCACUCGUAAGAAGAAGAGAACAUCUUCACAAUCUUCACAAUCUUCACAAGCACCACCACCGCCCAAAGCAUAUCAACCGCCACCUCAAGUUGUCUACGUUCAACCACCGCCGCCAGUUUACUAUCCUCUACCACCACUCUAUGGCUACGGAUGCGGAUAUGGAUGUAGCGGCUUCGGAGGUUAUGGAGGAUACGGUUAUGGAGACGGAUGUGCCGGAUAUGGAUAUUGUUGUGAUCCCUACUGCUGUGGAGGAGGCUGUAGUAUUAUG